UGGCAUCGAACGUACCUUCUUGGCUACUUCUCCUGACUGCCAUGUCCCUUAUCAGUAUUACAAUCGGCGAUCAGACCCAGUACAGUUACUUUGAUCAAAGUAGCUGGCCAGAGCUUUGUCAGUCAGGUGAACAGCAGUCUCCAAUAGACAUUGACCUGAUUGAGGAUACAGUUCUCCACAGUAGCUCCCUUCCUGACCUGGGAGAGGUACAGCUAACUUACACUAACAGCAGCUCUAUUAAAUAUGGAGUAAAAGAUGGCCCCUUGGUCGUCAUGCCUGAAGACUGGCCGGUGGGUCACACAGAUGGUCUCCAGCUGCUUCAGAUUCAUUUUCACUGGGGAAGCAACAGCAGCAACGGGGCUGAACACCAUCUCUACGGCAAACAGUUCCAGGGUGAGAUGCACCUUGUUACCCGGAACUUGGACCAGCUCGACCCCUUAUCAGACGAUUUUUACGCUGUAUUCGGAGUUUUCCUUGAGGAGGAUUCGAGUCAGGUCGGUUCAGAGAAAAACGAGGUCAUUAAAAAUCUGGUGAGCGGAGGUGUCAUCAACAACGAAGUGACAGUGCCCCUGUCGCAACUCUUCUCCACGGAGACAACAAGUGUUUACACUUACGAGGGAAGUUUAACAACGCCAGGAUGUGCUGAGCACGUCUUCUGGAUGGUUCUUGAGGAACCCAUUAAACUGACACCAGGAGUAAUGGGCACAAUGAGGCAACAUCAUAAUGUUAACCGAACAUUCAGGAACACCCAACCUCUCAACGGUCGGCCAAUCACCCACCGAGUUUUGGGAGAACAGCUCACUAGCGCUCCUCUGGACAACUUGGAGUUGGCAGAAGGUGAAGAACCAGUAGUGGAAGAAGAACCAGUAGUGGAAGAAGAACCGGCAGAUUCCAACGAGGGUGGCGAAGAAGUUGAAAAGAAGAAUGAAGAGGUGAACGAAGAGGAAAGUGAACCUAACUCAAGCAACAUUGUCUCUGUUGAGAUGGUUUUUCUGGUUUUGUCAAUUUGUGAAUUGCUCUUUCUUUAAGCAGGAAAGUAUUAAAUUGUAAAUGUAGCUCUGUGAGACGAUCGAAGAAUGGGAUUUUGUAAUUUGGUAUGUUUUUGUUCAUUAACAUUUUAAAACUUUAUGAAUAUGAGUGGGAAUCAAAUUUUUCAUUAUUUUAUGGUUUUAUUGUAAGUUGUACUCGUGAGAGCUUAAAUUAAAGUAAAAAGAUGUUUAAUA